AUGUCAUCAGACCAUACUCCAGUCAUUUUAAAUAUUUAUAAACAGGCCAUGUUCCCUAAGCCACUCCCCAAUAUCUACAAUAAACAUACCAACUGGGACCAGUACAGAGAAUUUAUACGUAGUAACAUUGACCUAAACAUAAGUCUAAAGACAAACAAUGAAAUCGAAGCCGGCGUUGAAAAAUUCAACAGCAUUGUACACAUGGCUGCCACCGUUUCCACUCCUAAAAAUAGGAAAUCAAAAACAAAACAAAAGGAAUACUCCAGAAACAUAAUCGCAAAGGACAUUGAAAGACGCAAAUUAAGAGGAGAAUGGCAUAAAACUAGAUAUCCUUCCGAUAAAUCUCAGCUAAACAGGGCAACGAAGGAACUAAAAGACAUGAUUAAAGAGCAUGAAAAUCGUUGUGUACAAAGUCACCUAUGUCAACUCACAUCACAAAAGGAUACUAAUCAUUCACUGUGGCGCGCAACCAAGAACCUUAAGCAACCAAAAGACCACAUCCCGCCUCUGAGAAAACUCGAUAGAAGCUGGGCUAGGACUGAUGUAGAAAAAACAACAGCAUUCGCAGUACACCUAGAAAAAGUAUGUACACCACUACCUUGUUCCGACCCCGAUAAUGACGAUGACAUAGCGAAUUAUCUACAGUCUCCAAAUCAAGUAUGUCCCCCAUUAAAAGCAGUAAGUCCUAAAGAAAUAAGCCGGGAGGUAAAAUGUCUUUCACCCAAUAAAGUUCCGGGGUACGACCUAUUGGACUCCGUGCUGUUAAGCAAUCUUCCGAGGAGUGGCAUAAUAUAUCUUGUUACACUCUUCAAUUCAUCUAUAAGACUCUCUCACUACCCGGGACAGUGGAAAAUUGCUCAAGUAGUAAUGAUCCUCAAACCUGGAAAGCAGUUGGAAGAAGUCUCAUCCUACAGACCAAUAAGUCUCCCUCCACUGGUGGGGAAAUUUUUCGAAAAAGUUAUCCUCAAUAGAAUGCAAUCUCAUCUGAAUGCUAUUCUUCCUGGGCACCAAUUUGGAUUUCGACAAAGGCAUGGAACCAUUGAGCAGGUUCACAGAUUGACAGAUACCAUCGGUUAUACGCUUGAAAAUAAGAAAUAUUGCUCGGCUGUGUUUCUGGAUAUAAGUCAGGCAUUUGAUAGAGUCUGGCACGAUGGCCUCUUAUUCAAGAUCAAAAAACAGCUGCCGCAUUCCUUCUACUUUUUACUGAAAAGCUACUUAAACAAAAGAUGCUAUGAAGUUAAACUGAACAACACCACGUCUGAUCUGUUUGAAAUCAGAUCAGGGGUACCUCAGGGGAGCAUAUUAGGGCCUAUACUGUAUCUUAUAUUCACUGCUGACAUCUCUGUUGAUGAUAAAACCUUUAUUGCCACAUACGCUGAUGAUACUGCAAUAAUGUCAGUUAAUGCCAACCCAACAAUCGCAUCAGCACAUCUCCAAAAACAUAUUGAUGAGAUAUAA